CAUUUAACGUAAAACCCAUUUUAAUUCCUUAUUCGUCCUGCUUAUCCUUCGUCUUUUCCCCCAAAAUGACUCAAAACAACUGCCCUGAGGUUCAAGAGCCAUCACCCAAGAUCCAAAAGCUUGAACAAAAUGGCAAUCAUCUACCCGCCGACUCCUUCUUUAAGGUUAAAAAGCUCUCUGAUAAAGCUGUUUUGCCAUCUAAAGGCUCUUCCCUCGCCGCUGGCUACGAUCUUUCAAGUGCAACUGAGACUAAGGUUCCUGCAAGAGGAAAAGCUCUAAUCCCGACCGAUCUGAAUAUCGCCGUACCUGAAGGAACAUAUGCUCGCAUUGCGCCGAGAUCAGGACUGGCGUGGAAGCACUCGAUCGAUGUGGGAGCAGGAGUGAUAGAUGCUGAUUACAGGGGACCUGUCGGUGUUAUAUUGUUUAAUCAUUCUGAUGUUGAUUUUGAAGUGAAAGUUGGAGAUAGAAUCGCGCAGCUGAUUAUUCAGAAGAUAAUUACUCCUCAAGUUGUGGAAGUUGAGGAUUUGGAUGCCACAGUUAGAGGUGAAGGAGGGUUUGGGUCUACAGGUGUUUGAUAUUUAUAUCUACUAAUUUGUUUUGUUUAGUUCAGUUCAGUAAUUUUAGUGAACAGUUGGUGGGCAUAUGAAAAAGUAAAUUGUAUGUUUUAGCAGGAUCAAAGAAAGUAAAUCAAAUCUGUAAUGCAAAUGCAGUUUAGCGAAAACAAGGAGUCUGUGCUUUAUGAUAAGUUUUUUUGUUA